AUGCUGUGGCUGCUGCUCCUGAGCCUCCCAGGCCUGGGGUUCUCCGUGCCCUUGUUCCCAGAACCCGGCUCAGGGAGGCAGCGGGGUGGCACCGUGGGGGCGCACAAUGCCCCCGCUGGGAGAUGGCCUUGGCUGGUCAGCGUCCGACGGUACAAUAAGGAGCUGGAGCUGUGGCAGCACCUGUGUGGGGGCUCCCUCAUCCACCACCAGUGGGUGCUGACCGCAGCCCACUGCACCCAGCGGGAGGACGUGGAGGCUUAUGGCCUCAGGGUUCAAGUUGGGCAGCUGAGACUCUAUGACCGUGACACACUGACCAAUGUGACUAAGAUCGUCCGCCACCCCAAGUUCAACCAGAGCCUGUCUGCAGAGGGGGGCGCGGACGUCGCCCUGCUGAAACUGGAGGCCCCUGUGGCACUCUCGGAGCACCUCAGCCUGGUCCCCCUCCCACCUGCCUGGCUGAAGGUCCCUGAGAGGAAGAUGUGCUGGGUGAGCGGCUGGGGUGACAGCAGCCUCGGAGCUCUGCUGCCCUGGCCCUACCAGCUGCAGGAGGUGAUGGUUCCCAUUGUGGGGAACAGGGUCUGUAACCAGUGCUACCAGAACUCUUCCAACAACACUGGCCAGAUCAUCAAGGAGGACAUGCUGUGUGCUGGGAGUGAGGGCCAGGACUCCUGCCAGGGUGACUCUGGGGGUCCUCUGGUGUGCAGCUGGAAAUGCACCUGGGUCCAGGUAGGGAUUGUGAGCUGGGGAUACAUCUGUGGUCAUUGCGACUUCCCUGGGGUGUAUGCCCGGGUGACGAGCUACAUUUCUUGGAUCCGGAAGUAUGUUCCUCCGCCCCCUGGAUCCUAGAAGAGGCCAGGCAGGGUUCCCAUGAUGGGGGACCCUCCAUCUUCCUUGUUGACACCCCUGCUGCUUUCCCAAUUCCAGCCUCUUCCUCCCAACCUCCUCACCCUUCGUCUCACCCUCCUGCCCUCUGGGUCCCCCACCUUUCCUGACUUUAGGGUGGCAGACACAGGAAGAUGCUCCAAAGGCUGGUGCCUCUCACAGGAGGGUGGUCCAGGAUAAGGGGUCUGUGCCCAUGGCCUCCUGCUCACCCUCUGAUUCCUAAACUUGGAAAAGCCAGCUCCAAACCGUGGCUUGAG